AUGUCGAAUCUACCAGAAAGGCCAUGGACUGAGGAGGAGAAGUACACUCUACUCACGGAAAUCCUGAAGAAGGCUCGAGUUCCUUCGCACUAUCUUGUGAGAAUGAUAAGGGACUUCAAUAUUUCCCCAAGCUGGGCGGAUAUACCCCUUCCUCAAGGUCGUUCUCUCAACUCCUGCCAGAUGGCGUUCUUUAACAUGUGUCAACAUGUCCAACUCUCAGUCACUCAAGGCCUUGGCUCGAUUCCUCCGCCACCCCAUGAGCCCCCCAUACCGGCGUCGGUGCCAGAAAGUAGCGGCGCUCUGCGCAAAAGGCCUCUGUUUCCCUCGGACAAGGUAAUUCGUGCCCCACGCGCGAUCCAACCACGUCCUGCGACCAGCACCGCCUCUUACAGUAGUGAGAGUGGUGCCUCGGCCCUUUUAUCCCCAAGCUCGGAGAGCGUUAAUGCUAGAGGCGAGCCGGCACGGAAGCGAGGACGACCUAACAAGGCUGAAUCGGAACGGCGCAAGGCAGCUGCUGAGGCCCGGGGAGAAACAUAUCCGCCCCCGCGACGGUCUGGCUCUAACAAGGUGAAAGUUUCGUCUACACCCACUAGCCCCUCCGGGGUUGGGACAGGGGGACCGUCUUUUCCUCCUCAAGCCACCAGCAGUCGACCGCCAAACUUAUCGCGACAUGAGAUGCACUACCCACUUCCGCAGGCAAGACCAGUGGCACUGAUGGGACCGACUAGCGACGAGCGACCGAGGGACAUCCCAAAUCAAGACAUGAGCCCUACAAUGAGAGAGCUACCACGCCCACCCGAGAUAAGGCAGACGCUGCCUUCGCCCCAGGCCUUACAACUGGGCCAUAGAGAAACAGCACUCACGCGAAGAGAACCCGGACCGCCCUUCGAACCUCUUCCACCAGAGAGAAGCCCAUUUAUGCAAAGCAACCGAAGGAUCCUUAUGCACCCUACCAGCAGAUUCCCAGACGAACCGCCCACCUCAGCCCCGGAUUUGCCUAUGACCAGACCGCCUGAGAACAGACCAGAAUGA